UCAACGAGUCCUUCUCUCACCGUCAGUUUCUUCUUCUCACUUAUAACUCAUCCUCUUGCAUCCCUCUCUCUCACCGUCAGUUUCUUCAUCUCACAGCAGUUGCUUCGGAUUUUAAAACCCCUCAAUUUUACCGUUGAUGAGGAAGUUCUUUAGGAAGAUUUUAAUUUCUCUAUAUAUAGCGUCCUUGUUGUCAUUCCCUCCGCUCUCUUCCUCUCAUUCCCUCCGCUCUCUUCUUCUUCCCUCGGCACAGCCUCCCUCUCUUUCAACCAGGAGCUUCGAUCCAUGAAGUUUCACGCCACACAGAUCCCUAUCGUUCCCAGUCCCUCUCCUUCCUUCUUCUAAGUCGGCAACCCAUCAUCAGAAUCCAUCCUCAGUCCAACACAGCCCCUUCCAUUGCAUCCUCUCCACCGACUCUCCCAAUAGACCCACCUUCCCCUUCAUAGCGAAAUCCCCAUUUCCCAUCUCCUUCUACAGCUCCCUCUCCAUAAUCCAAUGCCCAGCUCUCCCCGACAAACCCAUGUUACUCUGCUGUGUGUAUUUCCACCAUUUCUAUCUCCCGCUCGCACCAACCAAGAACACCCGCCGGCAGCCUCUUAGCCACAAACCCUGCCGGCGACCUCCCCUUCAUCUCCCUGAACCACUGUCUUAGAGCUGUUCGAAAUUUGGUCCAACCCGACCAAUCCCACUAAUCCAACCAAAACCAAUCCGAUAAUUUUGGUUUCAAUGUAGAAUUGGUUCGGAUUGAACUAUUUUACUCAAAGUCUUCCAUUUUCUUGGUUGGUUGGGAAUUAUCCAGUUAAAACCUGAUUAGAGAGCUUCUAACCCGAACAUCUUUGUCAUCUCAUAUCUGCGAUCUUCCAAUCUUGGAAAACGACUCAUUAUGGCGGACGCUCCACUCUAAAGACUUCCUGCGAUCGCCAAUAAAGCCUCUAGAUACUAGUGUACGCCGAUCGCCUUACAGGCAAUUUGCUCCUUUUCUCUCAUUGUUUCUGUUACUGUAGUUUCAUUUUCUUACAUAUUUUGCAUUUGCAUGUCAAAUUUAUUGUUCUCUUCAGAGUAAGUUUCUAUUUAAUUUAGCACACUAGAAUAAAUCUUGGUUGGUUGGCUGGCGCAAUAUUUCAAUAAUCUUAGUUUUCUAAGAAGUCUGUUUCUAGGUCAUAUUAGCUGAUUGUCACAUUUGUAAUGGAUUAUUGAAUUGAUUCCCUCACUCAGUAAGUAUUUGUAAACUAUUUCAUUUGAAAAAUUAUAUGAUAAAGUAAUCUAGCAAUGUCACUGUGAGACCUACUCAUAUUCCUGAAGUUUCAGUGGAUUAUAUCUUUCUAGUUACCACUGUAUUUUGUGUCUUUGUGUUACUGAAUUUAUGAGCUUCAAAUGUUUUAACUAGUGAUGGAGCAUGAGACCUUGAGAACACUGAAUUGUUGAAGGUAUACAGUCCAUUCCUUAUUUAUUUAUUUUUUUCAUAAGUGGGUCAUUGGCUUACUGUUUGCUCUUCCUAGAGUCUGUUUUAGAUCAUAUUUUAACAUUUGGUGCAACUAUUUCUAUAAAAUUUUCAUGAUAAUUACCCAUAAAGAUUUUCCCAUCAUCCUCUUUAGGAGGGCAAGGUUUUGGUGCUGAUCAAAAUAUUGUUUUGAGUACCGUCCUUAUAGAGUGUAGACCCAUUAAUAUGUAAUAAUUAGAAUCAUCACUCAUGCUUGUCCGAGUUUUGGAUCUUGAAAGCUGAAAAACUAUUCAACAACUCGAAGCAUGGGCACACCACAAUUUGUGCCUUUUAAGUAAUCAAAGGUGAAAAUCAAGUACUCCUGUGAAAAUGAGAGAAUGAAGAUCAAAAUUUUCAAUGAUAGGCUAAUUAAGAUACUUAAACUAAUAGUUUGAAAUAUUGAAAAGGAGAGAAUACGCCCAGUAAAAUUUUGAUAGAUGUUGCCCCUAGUUUGUAAUCUCAGUCAACUUUUUGUAAUAUACGUAUCCUGAAUAGCGCAAUCAUAUGGAGAGUUUAUAAAAAAACAAAUGCUGUUUUAUAGAUUGAAUGAUUUUUUUGGUGGAAGUCUACUUUUUACUCUUGUUUUACCUAUCUAUUGUCAAUAAUUUUCUUAUACUUUUUUUUUUGCUGGUAGCAGUAAUUUAUAUUCUUUUUUUAAGUAUUGCACUUACAUUUAUAUAAUGUGUAUUUUCCAUAUUUUUUAUUUUCAAAAUCUCCAGAGUUAUGUCAACAAUAGUCAGAAAGUAGCAGCAUGAAGAAUUUAGAAACAUUUAGUUUAUAUAAUUUGUAGUUUUGUUGCUUUUUUCAUUAUUUGGCACGAGAAGACUAUUUGAGACUGUAAUAUUUAAAACGUCUAUUUCUUUUAGUAUUUUAAAACAUAAUUAUCAUAUUAUUAUAUAGGGAGAUUUACUAUUUAGUUCCUGGAUUUUGUCAUUAUUAUCGAGGCAGUCCCUGCAUUUUAAGAAAUCUACUAAAACAUCUCUCAAUUUUACCUCGGUUAACCAUGUAGUCCUUUAUCCAUUUUCGCCGCCUUUUCAUUGAGAAAAGAGUAAAUUACCCUUAACUUCUAAAUUAAUUCUCACCCCUAUUAAAACAUCCGGCGACCACUUUGAGAGGGAAAUGGCAAUCUUCCCCGGCCAAAUCACAAGAAGCCGGCAGCACCAACGAGCAACCCUUCAUUGUUGUGGCCACGUACUUGGGUGGGGAACCCACGCCUGUGCUCGUCAAGUAUUCAUGCUACCUUGAGCCGGACCAAAAAUUGCGGAGCUGCUAAACCCACCUGCGGCCCGUCCACUAGCUGCUGCGGCAGAGGUGGCAAGAGAGGACAGAAAAUUGACUCGCGAAGAAUCGCGAUUGAGCCUCAGGCUGAAGAGUUUGUGUGGGGUUUUGUUCAAGGAUAAUGCGUCAAUGUGAUGCAACUGAACGGAGAAGGUGGACUCCGUUGGGUUUAUUUCGGUGGCGGUGAGAGUUUCUGCUUGGUAAUCGGAGAGGAUGGGCUGGAUAGGGAGAGGGUUGAGAACUAAGGUAUAGUAGUGGUGUGAGUGUGACGAAGUGGUGGAGAGAGAAAGGAAAAUGGUGACGGCAAACAAGAGAAGGGCAUUCCUCGAUUUUUCUUUUGCGGACAGGCAUCAUUACCAUCACAGUUCUGAAGAAUCCCCUUAACUCUACUCAAAUUCCCUGCUCGAGCAGGCAAAUGAAUCUGUGAGCCAACUCGCUUUCGAAGUGACUCCUUACUCUUCUUCCUCUCACCACCACCAAUAAAACUAAGCUCCUCUCCAUCGCAGCUCGAAAAUUCUUCUGUUUCUCAAGUGACCCACGAAAGCUUGGACGCUUUUCCAUUUGUUCCCUCAUUUGCAUCCACCUAAGCCAUCUUCCGUUGAACGCGCCACCACUAUCGGAGAUUUAAGCUCGAGUCCCACCAUGCGGAGUCAUCUCCUCUUCUCAAUUGCCUCGUCUGCAUCCUCCUUUUCUCGCUGCGCUUCUUACCUCCUCUUCUCAAUAGAAAGACACCUCUUGCUUUGCCCUACACCUUCAAGGGUGGUCUGAGGUCGGCGAUUUGAGUGGCGCGAGUGGUUGAGGAGGAGGUGGCGAUUCGAUUCUCUUUGGCUAGAAGGGCAAUUUAGGAUUUUAUAAGUUUUCUCUCUUCUUAUUAUGAUUUUAACGGUAGGAGAAAAAAUGGCUUGGAAGGACUCUUUUUGUAAUGGAAAUAAAAGAGAGAGACAUUUUAAUAGGGUUUUGAAAAUAUAGGGACUGACUUGUAAAUAAUGGCAAUAUCUAGGGAUUAAAUAGUAAAUCUCCCUAUUAUAUAUUUUAAAUAUGAUAAUAUGUGGCAAAUUAAUUUUUUUAUAUUAGUUUAAUGUAUUUUAUGUUAUUCUAAAAAAAAUGUAAUUUAGUGUUAUCAACAUUUAAAUUCCCUCAAAAAAUGGAAUGCUGUGUUGACAGCGAGCCUUGCAAUCAGCGAAUAAAAUUCAACCUUACCCACCGAAUCCAUCAAAUGGUUGCUGUCGGGUUGGGUCGGUUCACUUGAAAAAAUUGCCAAAUUUAAUCUAUGUUUGGAUCAAGUUGGUUUGGAUAUAAAUUUUAUCCAAAUCAGCUUAUGAACAACCCUACCGCUCCACACUUGGCCUCGUCCUCAUCUUCGCGAAUCCAGCAGCUCCUCCCGUUUGGCUGAGAAAUCUGUCUGAGUGUUGGGUGAAUUUGGACAUUGGAAAUUUUGAAUUUUCUGGAUAUCAAGUUUACAAGAGACAAUGUUAUCAUUGCUGGAAUAAUUUACCAGAUAAGGAAAGAAGGGGAGAUUAUUUGAAAAAACUGUCAAGGAGAUUUUGAGUCCAUGCCAUUUAUCGAGAUUCUAGGGCAGUUCUCAUAUUCAGUUGGUGCAGGACUUUCUGAUUUCCUUUAUUUAUAAUUCCUAAAACCUGAGUGAACUUGGACAUUGGAAAUUAUGAAUUUUCUGGAUAUCAAGUUGAGAAGAGACAAUGAUAUCAGUACUGAAGAAAUUUAUCAAGUGGAAGAAGCACAAUUGGCACUGCGCAACAUUAUAUUGGCAGUAGAUGAAGAGGAAGCCAAAACUUGACGGGUGCCUUCUAAUUCUUAUUGAAGUGCAGGACUUUCUGAUUUCCUUUAUUUAUAAUUCCUAAAACCCGAGUGAACUUGGACAUUGAAAAUUAUGAAUUUUCUGGAUAUCAAGUUGAGAAGAGACAAUGAUAUCAGUACUGAAGAAAUUUAUCAGGUGGAAGAAGCACAAUUGGCACUGCGCAACAAUGUAUUGGCAGUAGAUGAAGAGGAAGCCAAAACUUGACGGGUGCCUUCUAAUUCUUAUUGCAGUACCAAGUAUUCUCAACAUUUUGGAUGACGAGCUUAUUAAGGGUGUUGGUAAUUGCAUCUUGAGCUGUCAGAAUUAUGAAGGUGGUAUUGCAGGAGAACCUGGCUCUGAAGCUCAUGGUGGGUACACAUUUUGUGGAUUGGCAGCAAUGAUUUUGAUCAAUGAGGACCGGGUGGUUUUUCGACAAGGAGUGGAGUGUGGAUUUCAGGGGAGAACAAACAAGUUGGUUGAUGGUUGCUACUCCUUCUGGCAGGGAGGUGUAUUUGCAUUAUUAAAAGGAUUACAUUCAGUUAAUGGUGAACAUGUGGCUUUUUCGGAUGCUGAAGAAGGAGAUAGUGCUACAGAUGGCACUUCUGAAGGAGAAGAUGGAAAUUCCUUGGGGACUGAUGAGACUUGCCAUAUUAAACGGGGAGUAGGAGAUGGAGAAAUGGCGCCCCUUUUUCACAGCGUGGCCUUGCAGCAGUACAUAAUUUUGUGCCCACAGCUGCUGGUGUUCCACUAUCUAUUUCAACCAUCGCACAUUCAUUGUUGGAUCUCUACUGCCACUUCCACUCCUGCCAACAUUAUGAUUACUCCUGGUGACAGUCGCAUCAUCAGGAUGGCUGCACUGCAAUUAGCUAAUCAUUACCACGCUACUGUAUACGGAACAGAAGGGCGGAUUCAGAGAUAAACCUGGGAAGGCCAGGGACUAUUAUCACACGUGCUAUUGUUUAAGUGGCCUCUCAGUGUGUCAAUAUAGCCAGUCGAAGGAUGAGCAUUCUCCACCGCUGCCAAGGGCGGUGUUGGGUCCCUACUCCAAUCUUU